CAGAUCUAGUACUCUCUGAACGUUCAUACGUGUGGAUGUCGCUAAAAUAGUGCCAGUGAUCAUCGAAUGGCGGAAACUGCCCGUCGGCACGUCAACCUUGACAAGUAUUCUACUCAAAGGCUAUUUUCAGAAGUGUGUGGCACUAUCGUUGAUCACCUGCAGUUCCGAGCCACAUGUGUGAUGCCACGCAAUUUCUUUUUAGAUAUAUGGACGUUGACUACUAGGACUGUUUAUUCACAGUACUAGUACUGGUAGGACUAUACCACCUCCUCUGACUUCCUCUCUGGCAACCUCACCGGGUCCCUUCUUCAUGUCAGCCACAAACGGCAAUUAUCCUGCCAUUCAGUCGCUAAAAACUUGGUUCGUGUCCUGGAAGGCUCGCUCGAAAAAUCUUUCAGGAUAUGCAAUCGAUGGAUCCUCCUCUACUGGUACAUGUUACAUGCUGCAUGGCGUGCUGAUUAUCAUACAUUUCGUCCUUGUUAUCUUUUAUAUCUUUCAUUGGGAACACCGUGCGACCUUCCCAUUCACACCGAUGAACAACGAUUUUUGGCCUGUGGUACUGAGCGCUUCACUCCAAGCAUUUUACACUAUGUACACGGCUGUUCUGCUCUUCCUUACCCAACGGCUUGCGAUGUCAAGAACACUUAUACGCCGCCUGAAACUGACCACCAUUCACGAUAUUUCUGGUGCAUGGUCAGGCCUCGGCUCCGCACUCAGCAGUAUCUGGCAACAAAUUGAUAUCUCUGCCUCAUGGUGGGCGAUUUCUGCUGUGACUGCCUACCUUGCAAGCAUUUCCGUGCUGCAUGUCACCUCUUCCACUCUCCUACAAUUUCAAACAUUCAAUACUUCCAUGGCGACUUCUGUGCCGACAACACUAGGAUGGCCAAAUGAUACAAUGAUUUUAGGCGACUUCAAUACGAACUGGGGAUCCAUCACUGCUUCCUUACCGGUUGUCAAUCAAUUGCCCGGACUGGUCUCUGUAGGGUUAUCCAACACUACCGUCUACGACACCCCACAAACAAGCUCUAUGGCAGGACAUGCAACUGUAAAUGCAACGACAAUAAGCUCGCGUUGCGGAUUGCUUCCCAAUGUCACAUACUCUGCGGAUGCCGGUAUGCUAAAUGUAAAUUCUUCGCUUGACGACGGAUUCGGAACUUAUCUAAAUAUGGGCGCAAGCUAUCCCUGGUCAGACCAGGUACAAGCACUUGUACCCGGUUGGUCAUUUCCAAGUAACAAUUUCACUGGGCCGGGUACUAAUCCUGGUGUUGUCCUUAUGGUCUCUACAUUAUUAGACAUCGAACCUUCCGUACAACAGGAGGUUGCCGUGCCGACAACUUGGGAACUUCCUGAUCAUUCGAACUAUUCAGUUGUCGAUCAAUAUGUCGUUGAUGUCUAUUUUGUGCAAUGCUCGCUCUCAGCCGCGACCGCAGAAGCGGUGCUCGACAUGCAAACGAACAGUCUGCAGAAUCCCGUGACCGUGUCGCAACCAUCCACGCAGUGGGAAAUCAAGCAGUGGCCCCAGUGGACAUCUAAUACCUGGCAAACAGCGAUUGGUUGGGCUUUGGCUUACCAGGUCGGUAGUGGAUAUUCAUUUAUCACUUCAGCUGGAUUUUUCGCUGGAAAUCCCGCCAGCGAACCCUCAAUUGCGGAUGAGUAUAUCAUGUCAUCGGUAGGCUUAAAUCUCGCUGCCGAGGAUUUAGUACGAGCCACCGGGGGUCAUCCCCUGUCUACUGUCGUGUUGAGCCCGGGUCAACUGGAGGCUGCCAUUGCGCAGGUAACUGCACAACUCAUUUGGACAGCGGGGCGAAUAGGCACAUCCAAUGGAGGACUUCAAUACGGGAAUGGAAUGGCAUACGUUGAUGAACAGAUCAUUGCCCUACGGCUCAAUAUCAACCUUCUUCCUUUGUUGUUUGCAACAUCUGCGUCGGUGAUGAUGAUGAUAUUGGCUCUGUACAUGACAAGAGCAUUUGAUGCAUCCAGCGGUAGCCAAGCUGCCGUCCCGAAUACAGGUGCACUGCAACUCUUGUGGUUGGGUCGUCAUUCAGCACCUAUCAAUGAAGUACUGGAUGAUGUGGAGCACCCGACGGAAGCCAACCUGCGCCGCGCAGGCAUGAUAGAUGUUUGUUUUGCCAAGACAAUGUCCGAUGAAUCGGAAGAGUUGAGGGGUUCAACUGAUACUCUCUCUUUUCGAAAUCGCAACCGUCAUUACGAUAGAACGAGUGAUUGGGUUUGAUAGUAAUAAGUCACUUGGGUAUGCAGUACUGAAUUGACAACAGCGCAACUGCCUUCGCAUGCGUGUUCAGUAUACAGCUACUUGGUACUGUGCCGCUUCUAAUGUAUUUAGCUGUUGAACGGAAAGGAUAAUAGACCAAGGCAUAAAACAGAU